AGAUUAUAGAUUAUAAAUAUAGUUACAAACUCUAACACUUUUUUAUUCCCACUUGCUAAAAAAAAAAAAAAGAUACUAAAUCCGUGAAUAAUAAUAAUUUGGGGUGCGGGUGGGGCCCAUUCAGAUUCAACUGAAAACAGGACAAUCUAUCUGCUCUACCUUUCUGUGCACAGAGCCCAACGUAACUAAUCGGCUCUGCUCGCCGGCGGCUAAAUCUUCACCACAACCACCACCACCGGCAGCGGGGAGGCACCACCACCACCAGCGGCGGAGGCCGUACCAUCGGAAAAAUUUCAUCGGCGCGCCGGAGAACAAACCGGUGAAGAUGAAGGGAUUAUUGUUUAAAUCGAAGCCGAAAACUCCAGUAGAAUUAGUUCGUUCGACUCGUGAUCUCGUUAUGUAUAUACAGCGAAGUCAUUCUGAUGUUCGCGAAAGUAAGAGAGAAGAAAAGAUGAUGGAGUUAGGCAAGACAAUUCGGGAAUUAAAGUGUGUUCUUUACGGGAAUGGUCAAUCAGAACCUGUCUCUGACGCUUGUUCUCAGCUGACUCAAGAAUUCUUUAGAGAAGACACUCUACGGCUGCUGAUUAAUGUUCUUCCAAAACUGAAUUUAGAGGCUCGUAAAGAUGCUACUCAAGUAGUUGCGAAUCUGCAAAGACAGCAGGUUCAAUCGCGGUUGAUUGCUUGCGAUUACUUGGAAGCUAACAUUGAUCUGAUGGAUCUAUUAGUAACAGGGUAUGAGAAUACAGAUAUGGCUUUGCAUUAUGGUACAAUGCUAAGGGAAUGCAUCCGACACCAGAGUGUUGCAAGGUAUGUCUUGGAACCAGUGCAUGUGAAGAAGUUUUUUGAUUAUAUCCAGCUGCCAAAUUUUGACAUUGCUGCUGAUGCCGCUGCAACUUUUAAGGAACUCUUGACGAGGCACAAAUCAACAGUUGCUGAGUUUCUUUCGAAGAAUUAUGACUGGUUCUUUGCGGAGUAUAACUCAAAACUGCUCGAAUCCAGUAAUUACAUCACCAGAAGACAAGCUAUCAAGCUUUUGGGAGAUAUCCUGCUCGACCGCUCAAACUCUGCCGUAAUGACGCGUUACGUCAGUUCAAGAGACAACUUAAGGAUCCUUAUGAAUCUUCUCAGGGAGUCGAGCAAGAGUAUCCAGAUAGAAGCAUUCCAUGUUUUCAAGUUAUUUGCUGCAAACAAGAACAAGCCUUCAGAUAUCGUUAACAUCCUCGUCGCAAACAGAAGCAAGCUUCUGCGUCUCUUUGCCGAUUUUAAGACUGAAAAAGAGGAUGAGCAAUUUGAGGCUGACAAAGCACAAGUUGUCAAAGAAAUUGCAGCACUUGAAACCAAGGAACUCUCUUGAACUUAAUACUAGUUAGUUCCUAAUGUCAAGGUGGUGGCCGUGUGUGUAAAUUGAAUGAUGUUGUUUUCCUACUGUACACUGUUUUAUUGAAUUGAUAGUCUUAGUUCUUGAAAUUAUUAAUUAAACUUCACCUUUUUGUGAUUAUUUUGUCAUUUGUUUACUUUUCUUCUUUGUAAAAAAGGUGGGCCCAAUGCACUAAUCUUCCGCUAUGCGCGGGGUCCAAGAAAUGGCGGAACUGCUAGGGUCUAUUAUACGCUGUCUAGCCAAAAAAAUUCCCUUCUCUUUGUAUGAUUUGGAGACUAGCAAUAAUUGAAGAUCUGGCUAUAUGCUUUAUAUUUAA